AUGACGGACGUUGAUCCGGAACUCAAGCUCAACGAGCAGGCCAUGUACGGGCCGUUCUUCGGCACUCUUGGCGUCACAAGUGCUAUGAUAUUCACAGCAGCCGGAUCAGCCUAUGGAACCGCCAAGUCCGGCACCGGAAUCGCCUCGAUGGCCGUCGCUCGACCAGACCUCGUCAUGAAGGCCAUCAUCCCCGUGGUUAUGGCCGGUAUCGUGGCCAUCUACGGUCUCGUCGUCGCUGUGAUCGUGUCCGGUAAGGUGGCACCUGGUGGUCCCGAUUACACUUUGAAUCAGGCAUUCGCUCAAUUUGCUGGCGGUCUCGUAUGCGGUUUGUGUGGUCUGGGAGCCGGAUACGCGAUUGGGAUUGCUGGUGACGCGGGAGUGAGAGCCCUCUCACAACAGCCGCGAAUAUUCGUCGGUAUGAUUCUGAUGUUAAUUUUCGCCGAAGUACUUGGUCUGAUGUCGUACGAUUUAAGCACCGCCGAAUCCCCAGCGUACGCUCCAUUCUUCGGUUACAUGGGCGCCGCCUCAGCCCAGAUCUUCACUGUACUGGGCGCUGCAUAUGGCACGGCCAAAUCAGCUGUUGGCAUUUGCUCAAUGGGAGUGAUGCGACCAGAGUUGAUAAUGAAAUCUGUGAUUCCUGUUAUUAUGGCUGGUAUCAUCGGUAUUUACGGCCUUGUCGUUGCGAUGGUGUUGAAAGGAAAGGGUUCGCACAUCUUGCUGCUGGGACUUACAUGCGGACUCUGCGGUCUGGGAGCCGGCUACGCUAUAGGAAUCGUAGGAGAUGCUGGAGUUCGUGGAACCGCUCAACAGCCUCGUCUGUUCGUCGGAAUGAUUCUCAUCUUGAUCUUCUCUGAAGUACUCGGUCUGUACGGUAUGAUCGUCGCCCUUAUCCUCGGAACAUCAUAA